AUGACGAGAAGGCUUUACUAUGACGAAAAUGGAAUAAAGAGAGGUGCGUGGAGUAAGAAAGAAGAUGAAAGGUUAAGAGCAUAUGUCGAGAGACAUGGCCAUAGUAAUUGGCGUCAACUCCCCAAACACGCUGGUUUAUCAAGGUGUGGAAAGAGUUGCCGACUUCGCUGGCUAAAUUACCUUCGCCCGGGCGUAAAGCGUGGAAGUUACACCCAAGAAGAAGACGAACUGAUCAUCAAAUUACAUGAACAACUUGGAAAUAAAUGGUCUUUGAUUGCCAAAAGAUUUCCAGGGAGAAGUGACAACGGGAUCAAGAACCACUGGCAUAGCUACCUAAGGAGGAAAGUGGAGUGCACUCAUGAGGAAAAAUCCGAGUUCAAAACGAAGGCCAGCGGUACUUGUAAAAGAGAAACAACGAAGUCUUUCGAACCUGAAAAUCCUCUGCUUAGUUUUGCUGCUGCUUCCUCCAGUAAUAUCCCAGAAAGCUCUCCACCCCUCUGGAAUUCAUCUGCAACCUUUUCCUUCGGAGGAUCAAGCGUUGCUAGCGCUGCAUCGGAAAUAAUUGAAGAAUUCGGUGAUACCUGGACCCCACCAUUUGUCCCAGAAAAUAUAUACGACCUGGAUAACUAUUAUAGUCUGAACUUUGCAGCAAAUGAAGCAGACUUGGAUGAAUAUUAUUCCUCGUUCCUCGUCAAUAAUGCUGAGUUUUUGUACCAAGUGAUGCAAGAAUUUCCAGAAGAUCCUAAAAAGGAUAUGUAA